AUGUGGUCAUCACUACCGGAACCGCUAUUACUCGAGAUAUUUAAGAACCUGACGACCAAUGAGAUGGCGAACGUAUGUCUGGUAUGCCAUCAGUGGUCACGCGUCGGAUGCGAUGAUCUGUUGUGGAAACACCUGUUUUACAAGCGCUUCGAUACCAUCGACCGAUCCGUUGAUCGGCCCAUCGGUUCCUUUGAAAGCGAGACUCUGGAGGGACACGACAAUCAAGUACUGCACGUGUCGUUUGCACACAACGGCCGACUCUUCAGCUCGUGCUCUAAGGAUGGGUUUGUGAAGCUGUGGUCAACAGAGUGUGUGCCCACUCGAGUGCGGCACUCGGCAGACAUGAAGCAGUACUCAUGGAAUUACACGCAAUACUCGCAGUUCAACGAAGCGGACACUUUGUUGUUGGUGUCGGGCGUCCACUUUGGCGUCCAUACGGCCAGCGGUGAGAUCGCGGUCUUCAAUCUGGAGAGCGACGACUUCCAGCUUCAGUGCCGAGUGUUGAACAAACCGUACGAUAUAUUCGGCACGUGGUAUACAAACGAUUACCUCAUCUCGAGUCGGUUGCACUUCUUGGGCCAUUUGGUUUCGUGUUCUGCCCUUUGGCUCAAUAAGGCGUGGCAGGAGUCGGAGUCCGAACGCAAACCAAUUAUUAAACGUAUGUUUAAGUUCUACAACAAAAACGCCUCUUCCAUCCGAACUGUUCUCGUGGCCGACUGUCUCCCCGAUGAACCCCCAGAGGACCCCCUCCUGACCGCCACCGCCAGCACUAGCGAUCACAAGCCGUCCGCCUCAAGAAGUCGUAAUCAAAGCUCCUAUAGUAGCGCUCAUAGAGGAAACCCAUUCUCCAGUUUAGGCACUAAUCGAUUGCUUAAAUCAUUACAAACACCGCCUAAUUAUAGUCAACGGAUCGACUUUUAUGGCGCCGACUCUAACAUCUCGUGCACUAAUGAGAGCCCCAUUCGAUACAGUUCUGAAUACCGGUGCGAACAGCGCUCGUCCGCCACAGACUCCGUCGGCCAACGGACUGGCGAUACGUUGCGACGAGCCGUCAGUAAUGACACGGAUUCGGGUGACAGUGAUUUCGAUGACCCGCCGCUCCCUUGGAAUGAGGAUUGGCUUAAGUUAAGCGACGAUGAGCUCAAUGAGGACGUGGUCUCCGAUGCCUUUCCAAUCUCGAAGAUAACAUCUAAAAAACACUCGUAUAAUAAGUCAUCUAAUAGUCCGAAAGUGGGAUCGCAUUCGCAAAACUCUUGCACCGAAGAGGAGUCCAGCAGUAGAUCUAGUCGUUUGCUGUGCAAUAGGGAUAAACUAUUGUUAUUCACGUCGGGUUCGCAGACCUAUACUCCCCAUCAAAUUGGUAUCAAACGAAUCAAACCGAUUAUGUUUGAAGAGUUUGUCUCCGAAACGGCGUCUCUUUCUAAACGACUUGAGGAGAGACGACAGGAACAAGAAAGUCAAGCGAUGGCCGCCUCUCCCAAUUGGCACGAGGAGGAGGCCGUCGCGCAUAUGUUUGAUACCGUCGACCACACCAUUGACCUGAAGGGACAUAUUAUUGGUAUGGGUUUGAGUCCCGAUCACAGGUAUCUGUACGUGAACUCGAGGUCGUGGCCCGAAAACGCCACAAUCGAUAACCCCUUACACCCGCCGCCUAUCGCUAAUCAAAUAGACAUUCAUGUAAUUGAUUUGAAGACAUUUAAAAGAGUGGGGAAUAUGUUUCGCUCGCAUAAGGCCUAUACGCCGAAUGACGAGUGCUUUUUCAUAUUCCUGGAUGUUUGCGAUCAGUUCGUGGCCUCCGGUGCUGAAGACAAUCACGGAUACAUUUGGGACAGACAUUACGGCCUGUGUUUGGCGCGACUCCCGCACAGAGAUAUCGUCAAUUCGGUGGCAUUUAAUCCAAAAGACCCCGAAAUGAUGGUUACGGCCAGUGAUGACAAAACGCUCAAAAUAUGGAGAUCCAAGUCUCAAAUGAUACGCAAACGGCAGCCUUAACUCAAUUACUGGUUUUAGUAAUUAAUGACAAGUUUUGUGAUUUGCUUUUGUUUUGUUGGUUUCAAUUAUUUUUUACAAUCUUUUUUACCUCUUGUUAUAAAUAAUUUGAAAUAACAUUUACAUUAAGUUUACUAAUAGUAUUUGUAAUUUAACUUA